UCUUUUAUUCUGUGGGCUGAGCCCCAACUACGCACGCCACCUGUUUGUUGUUUUUACUCUAUGAAGUCUGCCACUGGAAAAGUGCUUCCUUUUUCCAGAGAUAUUAUCAAAAUACGUUCUUUUCAUCAACGGAUGUUGCAUGAUUUGUUCAAUUUCGAAGAAACUACUGUAUUUUAAGAAAUUCGCACCUCAAGCCUGAAAAGAACUUAUUUUUUUGGGGUAUUUCUGGAUCAGAUAAUUCUAUAUGAUAUGUCGGUCUGAUUUGUCUGCUAACAUGCAUAUUGAUGCCAAUUAAAAUACACAAUUUUCUUGCCCGAGUUAACAUAAUUAAAAAUAAUAAUAAUAAUAAAGAAAAUUUUUGCAUUGUCUGUUGAUUGAAUUGAUGUAUAAUAUCACCAGGAAAUCAAGAAGUACAGACAAUAAAGAUUCGUGCGAGAUUAUUGUAGAAAAAGAUUCCUUUGUUAUGCCUUUGGUCUAUGGUAGUGAAAGAGAGUGUCAUUAUUGAAUGAGGGAGAAAGCAGAACAAUGAGGGAAACAGAUGAGAAUGUUAAUCCAAUAAGUAAUACCGAUGCAAUAAUGCAUGAAAGAUGCCAUUCAACGCCUACAAAUAGAAAAUUAACACGGCGCUGUUCUUGCUUAUUUAAUUGUUUAUUAGACGGCUCUGAAAAUAAUGAAGAUUUCAUUGUUCUUGAGUGGGAACGCUUUGGAAGUUUGAUGGGCAGGGGAGGAGAAUCAUUGCCCUGCAUUUAAAUCUUAAAUAAAAGAAAAAGUAAACGGUGGCAACUGCUAGAGAGAGAGAUAGAGAUAGAGCUAGAGUUAGAGAGAGAAGUAGUCAACGGUUUCAUUCAUUCGCAGAAGGAGAGCUAGAGAGAAAAAGAAAUGGGGAAACCGCAACCUGCCCAUUCCUAUCCUGCUCAUCGCCAUCCUCUGCAUCUAAGUCAUUUGCUGCUUCUCUCCAUCCUCCUCUGCAACCCUGUCUUAGAUGGGAUUCUUGUUCCUGUUCCCUACUGCUUUCCUUUCCUGUGCUCUGCUCGUCUCGGGCAUCACCUAUUCGGAGUUCGUGCAUCCAAACUUCACUGCUUCGAACCUACAGUACGCUGAGAACUCCGGCUCGUUCCUAACCUCCCGGAAUGGGACGUUUAAGGCUGCAAUCUUCAAUCCUGGGGCCCAACAGACCAACUUCUACUUGUGUGUCAUCCAUGUGGCAUCCAACACGAUAAUAUGGUCCGCUAAUAGGGAUGAUCCCAUCUCGAACUCUGGUGAGAUGUAUCUCACGUCGGAAGGGAUCACCAUUUCUGAUGAAAGCGGCAAUCCGAAAUGGUCCACCCCAGCGAUUCCAUCGCCUGCGUACGCGAUGAUGCUGAGUGAGAUGGGUAAUCUCGUCUUGCUUGAUCGGUCCAAUAAUUCUUUAUGGGAGAGUUUCCAACAUCCCACGGACACAAUUGUGAUGGGCCAGCUUUUCCCUGUCAAGGCGUCUUUCUCUAGUGCGGUAUCACCUACAGACUUGUCCACGGGUGAUUACAGCCUCACACUUAGCUCCUCGGAUUUGCACUUACAGUGGAGGGGGCUGUUGUACUGGAAGUUGUCGAUGGACACGAAAGCCUAUAUCAACUCGAACUCUAUGGUCGAAUACAUGGCCAUAAACAGGACAGGCCUAUAUUUGCUUGGAGGCAAUGGAACAGUCAUAAUUCAGGUGGCCCUGUCACUCUCGGAUUUCUGGAUUGCCACAUUAGAAUCCUCAGGACGGUUCAUAGUCAAGAGUUUCUCUGCUGACGACUGGAUGGAUGACUUUGUGGGCCCUUCUGACAGUUGCCGAAUCCCGUUUCUCUGUGGAACAGUUGGGUCAUGCAGAGAUGGCUCUGCAUCCAACACCUGCUCGUGUCCCUCCAAUUUUCAUUCUGUUUCACCAAACAGGACCGGAUGUGUACCAACUGAUGGCUCUUAUUCUUUAUAUCCGACUUGUAAUUCAACCGACCACAGCACUCAUUUGAUCCCAUCGGUUUUGUCGUACUUGACGAUUGGGUAUGGGUACGACUACUUUGGCAGCCAAUUCUCAGGUCCUGUGAGGAGCAGGGUGAACCUGACAGCCUGUCAAGAUCUUUGCUCAGGGGACUGUUCUUGCUUGGGAUUCUUGUACGAGAAUUCUUCCGGUGAUUGUUACUGGAUCAAGAGUUACUUAGGAUCACUCAUAUCGGAUAUUCAGAGAGGGGAAGAUCUUUUGGGUUACAUCAAAGUCCUUGUUGGAUCUUCUCCUGCAAAGCCUGGUGUUAAAAAUGACCAAAGUACAAAAUUUCCUCUGAGUGCUCUUGUGCUGCUACCUUCCAGUGCUUUCAUUCUCUUAAUCGUGCUGGGUUCUCUCUGGUGGAGGAGACAGAGAAUCUCCAGGGACAGGGACAUGAAAGCAGGUCAGUAUAACCUACCUUCGCCAGAAGAGCCAGAUGCCUUCCAAAUCCCAGGCUUACCAAAGAGGUUCGAUUACAAAGAGCUAGAGGUUGCUACUGAUCAUUUCAGGACCCUUAUAGGUUCUGGCGGGUUUGGUGCUGUUUACAAGGGUACACUGCCUGACAAGGCAGUUGUGGCGGUGAAGAAGAUAACAAAUUUAGGGAUCCAAGGAAAGAAGGAAUUCUGCACUGAGAUUGCCAUUAUUGGAAAUAUCCAUCACAUCAACUUGGUCAAAUUGCGGGGUUUCUGUGCCCGGGGAUCUACGCGCUUAUUGGUCUUUGAGUAUAUGAAUCGUGGGUCGCUGGACCGUAUCCUCUUUGGCAAUGGACCUGUUCUGGAGUGGCAGGAGAGGUUCAACAUUGCCCUUGGAACAGCACGAGGGCUCGCAUACUUGCACAGUGGCUGUGAGCAGAAGAUCAUCCAUUGUGAUAUAAAGCCAGAAAACAUCCUCUUGCACGAUCAUUUCCAAGUUAAGAUCUCAGAUUUCGGGCUAUCCAAGCUUCUUGGUCCUGAACAGUCGAGCCUCUUCACAACCAUGAGAGGGACCCGCGGCUACCUCGCACCCGAGUGGCUAACCAACUCUGCCAUCUCAGAAAAGACGGACGUCUACAGCUUUGGGAUGGUACUGCUUGAGAUUGUAAGUGGUAGAAAAAACUGCUUGUUGCGAACCCAGAGCCAUAGCUUGGAGGAGGAUAGUAGCGGGACCCGCUCCUCGUCAUCUUCAGGGUCGGGGCUGCUGUACUUCCCUUUGUUUGCACUGGAGAUGCAUGAACAAGGCAAGUAUGCGGAGCUUGCUGACCCAAGGCUAGAGAAUCGGGUGAAAAGACAGGACGUUGAGAAACUAGUCCGUGUGGCACUUUGCUGUGUCCAUGAGGAACCGUCUCUAAGACCAAACAUGGCUAUUGUGGUUGGCAUGCUGGAAGGAAAGAUCCCCUUGGGCCACCCGAGAAUGGAAUCUUUGAAUUUUUUGCGCUUUUACGGGCGUCGAUUCACCGAAGCCUCUGUGAUAGCAGAACAGGAAAACGAGGAAAAUGUUCUCUUGUACUCCCAAGCAAAUGCUUGUCCAACAAGCACCACUUCAAGUUCACGUAAAUCUAUGUCUUAUAUCUCUUCCCAGCAGGUCUCGGGUCCCAGAUAGUAAAGAUUGACUGAGAACUUUUGUUCCUCGCCCUGAGAUGGUAUAAAUUCUUUGGAUAAAAUAAGUGUACGUAAAAAAGGGGAUCUAGUCGGUGCCUUUAAGGCAUUGGUUUUCUUGGGAGGAUUUUAGUUACUUGAAUGGAAUUCAAGAUGGUUACAUAGCUGUAAUUAGUGUUGGGAAAUUUAGAGGCUUGAUUUUGAAA